UACAGCACUACCGACACUCCGGGGCGACCAGCGGUGGUGCCCCUUCUGGAAACCUCCAACCACCUGCCUACUUGCCCAGAUACCCAAAAAACCAAACGCAUUGAUAACCCCACCAUCCCACCACCCUCUCUUCUCUCGGCCCUCCCUUUCGAUUUCCUGCUUUCUUAGCACAUCGCCCCCUUGAACACCGCCAAGCUGUUCGCCUCAAGCUUUAAAAGAACCCUCCGCUCCAGCGCCGGGCUCUCCAUUGCCGCAUUAGCAACUGCUUCCGUGAAAAACAACACCGCAAACACACAUCCCAGCGUCCGCAAGAUGCACAGCAAGGUCGUCAUCAUUGGCUCGGGCCCUGCUGCCCACACUGCCGCCGUCUACCUCUCCCGUGCCGAAUUGAAGCCUGUCCUCUACGAAGGCUUCAUGGCCAACGGCACCGCCGCUGGUGGCCAGCUCACGACCACGACCGAGGUUGAAAACUACCCUGGCUUCCCCAAGGGCAUCAUGGGCCAGGAGCUCAUGGACAACAUGCGCGCACAGUCGGAGCGCUUCGGCACCGAGAUCAUCACCGACACCGUCACCAAGCUCGACCUGUCGUCCCGCCCCUUCAAGUACAGCACCGAGUUCAGCCCCGACGAGACACACACUGCCGAUGCCGUCAUCAUUGCUACCGGCGCCUCGGCCCGCCGCAUGAACCUCCCCGGUGAGGACAAGUACUGGCAAAACGGUAUCUCCGCCUGCGCCGUCUGCGACGGUGCUGUGCCCAUCUUCCGCAACAAGCCCCUCUACGUUAUUGGUGGUGGUGACUCUGCUGCCGAAGAGGCCACUUUCCUCACAAAGUACGGUAGCCACGUUACUGUGCUUGUCCGCCGUGACCAGCUCCGUGCCAGCAAGACCAUGGCUACGCGUCUGCUCGCGCACCCCAAGGUCACUGUGCGCUUCAACUCUGCUGCCAGCGAGGUCCGCGGCGGUGACGAUGGCCUGAUGUCCCACAUUGUCGUCAAGGACACCGUCACUGGUGCCGAGGAGGUUGUCGAGGCCAACGGUCUCUUCUACGCCAUUGGCCACGACCCCGCCACCAAGCUUGUCAAGGGCCAGCUCGACAUGGAUGAGGAGGGCUACAUUAUCACCAAGCCCGGCACUACCUUCACCAGCGUCGAGGGUGUCUUCGCCGCUGGUGACGUCCAGGACAAGAAGUACCGCCAGGCUAUCACCAGUGCCGGUACUGGCUGCAUGGCUGCCCUUGAGGCUGAGCACUUCAUUGCUGAGCAGGAGUCUGCUUAAAUAAAGAACUAGAAGGGGGGAGAAGAAAGAAGAUGUCAGCAAAAUCUGUUAGAAUGACAAGCAUGGGAUACACUUUGGGAGCGAAAAGCAUAGACGGGAAUCUAUACUCUCCAUAGAAUUAUGAAUUUACAAGUAAUGUGUUGGGUAAAAAGUAAAAUGAACAAUCAGUUUCAAGAGAAAUCAAUCAUUAUGGCAUUGAAUGUAUGUAUGCUGCAUCUGCAACCGCUAAAACUGUAGGCCAAAAAUAUAACACGCCUAUUCACCCUAACAAGGGUCCUCAAAGACGAGUAUUCCCAAUGCAUCCUCCUUUUGUGUAGAACCCCUCACACUAUCUCUGGGGGAGUUUAUCCUCGAUUCCAAUUAUUCCAAACAAUAUGUAAUGUAAACUUCACAACGGCAUAGCAUGAUGCGUGUAUGCAUGCAAAAAGUAUAAAAAGAAAAACACAUGACAAAGCAUUAUAUGAAAGAGUCGUGUCAUUCAAUCAUGGUCGGUUCUCGCACGAGUCGUCUAUUCGCGCUCAAGAACAGCGGGAGCAGUCAAUGUCUUGCCGCUGAGGUUCUCAAGACCCUCGCCACCCUAUCAUAUAAAUGUUAGCUCGAGGUUGUACUGUUUAAAGGUCACUAGGGGAAAUAGACUUACGUAGCUGAUGAGAGGAGAGACUUCAACACCGCCAUCAGCAACAACAGUAGCGCCAGCAGCCUGAGCCCACUUCUGGCCCUGCUCCAUGACGGCCGCCUUGCUGGUAUCGGGGUCGUCCUGGCCAGUGCCGCGGGCGUUCUUGAGGGGAGAGAAUUCGUCCUCACGGCGGACCUCCAUGCAGGCAAACUUGUUCAGAGGAAGCAUGGGGAACACGUCAAAGACGAACUGCUCAAGCUUGAUGCCGUUGGGCUUCUCGGGCUUGACGGUCUCGCCAGUCUGGACGUCGGCAAAGGGGAUCUUCUUGCGAGCAACAUGGUGAGGCAGCUUGUGGGCCCACUGGGGGAUGCUCUCGAGGAACUCAAAGGAGUAGUAGUGGUUGACAAUGUUGGCGGCACGGUACUUGAGAACACCGGGCUGCUUGGGGUCUUCGGCCUCGGCAGUGGCCUUGUCGAUCUCGGAGUACUCGACAACGUCGGGCUUGCCGUUGCGGGAGAGGAUGAGACCGACGGACUCGGUAGCGUUGCGCUUGCGGACAACCUUGGUAGCAAUGUCAACCUUGAGGGCGGCAGCAAAGCCGACAAAAACGGGAUCGGCGACCUUGACAAGGCAGUUAUCGACACAGUAAGCGUGGAUGUGCUUGAUACCGCGCUUGCGCAUGUCGUCAAUGACACCGUAGACAAUGAGAGCCUGGUAGAUACCACCGUUGCCGUCGGGGGCAACAGCAACACGGCCCUUGUUCUCGAGAAGGAUCUUGCCCUCGUUGGAGAUGCAAGGCAAAACACCCUGCUCAAAGAUCAUGACGUUCUCUUUGGCGAGGCCAAAGUACUUGUUCUCCUCAAAGAAUGCCUGAGUUGGCUGGCGCGUGGGACCGCUGGUCAUGACAUACCAGGGAACAACGACGUCGGCACCAGACUUCUUGGCAGCGAGCUCCUGCACCUUUCGAAUGCGCUCAGCCUGGAUCUGGAAGAGGGACUUCUUGGAGGGGAGGCCAAUGUCGUAGCAACCCUUGGGGGCGGAGCUGCCGAGUCUGGUUCCCUGGCCACCAGCCAUGAGGACGACGGCAACCUGGUUCUGGGCAAUGAGGUCGAGACCAGCAGCGUUCCACUUGUUGACGUCCUCAGCGCUUGAGUCGAGAAUGCUAGCAGUGGCAGAGUCGGGGAGGGGUUCGAGGACGGCGGCGGCUUCAUCAUGGGCGGGGGCGAGAGCUCGCUCUGUGAUUUCGUUGAUGUACUUGGGGUCGAAGCCGGAGAGCUGCUCAAAGAGGGCAGCCUUCUCCUCGGCGUUCAGAGAGUCGUAAAAGGUGAAGACGUGCUCCUGGCCAGCCUGGGCGUACUUGGCCUUGAGCUCAGAAACAGCUUCAGUGCUGGGCUCGGCCUUGGAGGCGCCAUUGGAGCCAAUGUGGAGGGCUUGCUUGAUAGCUUCCAUUGUGACUAGAGGAGAGGAAGGAAGAAGAGAGGUGGGAUGUAUGAGUUCGGGAGGGGUAUAGAGGCAAUCAGAAGAGACGAGAGGAAGGAUUCGUCUGCGGUGGUAGGGCAGCAGGGACUCUUAAAUGCGAACAAAAACGAUUUGGUUCGUUGCUGCGAGUACGAAGGCGUGGCUAUCUAAUCGAUGAAUGGUGGUAGCCGGAGUGGGGCAGUGGUAGUUCUGGACCGAUGCGCGUCGGAGAGUCUAGGACGAUCUUUUUUUUCACUUCGGUGGACAAGCAGGGCCAAUGCAGCUGACUGACUGAAUUUACCCGGCGAUAGUAGAAGAAUAGAGU